CAUCAACAAACAAAAACCCCACAAAGAGACGAACCAGCCAGCCAGCCACCAUCUUAACAGGCUGCUGAAAGAGACACACACAGAGAAAAGAGGCUAAUGCUUAUUUUGAUCAACAGGUUGGUAAGGUGACAUCUGUACCUGCAGACUUCAGGUUGAGCUGACAAAACAAAAUAAAGGGGAUCAGGACAGGCACCCUGCAACACACUUCUUCCACAGAUUUACAGCUCAAACUUACAACCGUAAUGCCCAGCUGUUAAGCAUAAGAACGCUGGACUAAAGGUAGCUGAUGCUACCUGUAGCUGAGGACCUUUCUAAUCACAAGUCAGAAGAAGCUGAACAUUUUUGCUCUGGUGUUCAUGGACCUCUGCGGACCUAAAGAGAUGGAGGGAUACUAGUUUGGGGCUGACGCCUGGUUUCUGCUUUCCAUGACUUUGUUGUGGAGUACAGAGGACCCAUAGCCGAACUGCGCUACUGGACGGACCGUUGCAGUGCUGGGUUAAAUUGAGCUGCUUAAACCGUGCUGAUGCCAAAGCCAAGAGUUGGCCAUGGUGUUUUUAUAACCUGAUGAUCAGCAGAGUUUGUCCAUCACAGAGAUGCUUCAGAUGACAUCAUCACUGAUGGUGAGAAAGCGACUCAGAUCUACUUUUAAAGGAGCUCUCGAAGACGUGACCACACACACAUGAGAUGGUGAGGAAGAAGAAUCCCCCUAUCCGGAGUGUGGGAGGUGAGGAGGAGGAGGAAGAAGAGGGGAAGAGGCCAGCAGGAGAAGAAGAGGAGGAAGGAGAGGAGGAGGAGAGAGUGGGAGCAGAGGCCGACCGAAUAAACCGACCCUCCGAGCCAGAGUCCUCUGAGCGCAUUAGAGAUGAGGAGCAGGAGGAUGAGGAGGGAGAAAGCGAGUGCAUCUCCUCGUCCAUCUCUCCCUCAUCCGUCAGCGAACGCUACAGUAAUGAGGAGCGAGGGGGGAGGAAAGGAGGGGAGGCGAGGGCAAAACAAGCACGAGCGGUGUUGGCCGAGAGACCCGAGAGCCAGUCGGAGCCUGAGGACGGCGAGAUGGGGGCGGAGGAGGGUGAGAGGAGCCACAGAGACGGAGGGGAGGCAGAUCAUCUCACUCCUCCUCUCCCGUCUGCUCUGAACCUCCUGUCCAGACAGGAAGGAGGGGAGGAGUCGGCAACUGACACCCCUGCGCUGCCCUCCAGCCCUUCUCCUAAACUCCAGGACUUCAAGUGCAAUGUGUGCGGUUAUGGUUACUAUGGCAAUGACCCUGCUGACCUGGUGAAGCACUUUAGGAAGUAUCACCUGGGUCUGCACAACCGCACACGACAGGAUGCGGCCCUUGACACACACAUCCUGGCCCUCCACAACAUGGCUCCCCAACACACAAACCUAGACAUGCAGGCAGGACAGGGACAGAGGAACCAAACCAAAGAGCUUGUGAAGAUGAGACCAGAUACACAGAAUCAGCAGCACAGGACAACCAUGAUGAACGGCACAUAUGACGUCCAGGUGACGUUGGGCGGGACGCUGAUUGGAAUUGGCCGCAAGACCUCUGAUUGUCAGGGGAACACUAAGUACUUCCGCUGCAAAUUCUGCAACUUCACAUAUAUGGGAAGUAAUUCUGUGGAACUUGAACAGCAUUUUUUAUCCUCGCAUCCUAACAAAGUGAAAACUCCACCAACUACACCCCUGCUGGCCACCAACAACCUAACGACGCAUGACAACCUGUCGAAGGGGAGGAGCCCAAUAUUAGACGUGGCCGAGCGGGUGGCAGUUCGAGCCGAAGACGAUUCUCUGGUUGGGUACUUCAUCCCAAUCAGAGGGUGUUCAGAUCCUUCGGGCUGGACGGGGGAGACGGGUCGAGGAGCCCUGCAGGUGUAUUAUUGGUGUAAAUUCUGUAGCUGGAGUUGUGAGUGGGCGGGGGGUUCAGCAAAGCUAUUGGAGCACUAUGAACAAAUACACAGAGGGCGUGGAAGUGGCGCUGUGAGCCCCAGCAAUGCUGCUCCUGUGGGAAUGGAAAGAGUAGGAAGAAGAGAUGGAGGAGAGCAAGACCACAUGGUAUCCAAAAGCCGCAAAGAUCAGCUAUCCAACCCGUCCAGCUCCAGUCAAGGAGACCCAAACAGCAGCGAUUCAGACGCAGUGGUGACCAGUUAUAACUGCCAGCUGUGUGACUUCCGUUACUCAAUGGCCCACAGUGCGGACGUGAUCGUAGUAGCUCCGUUGCUGCUGCACUACCAGCACAAUCACUCCAUUCACCGCUGCUGCAUUCAGCACUGCAUGUAUUGUCCUCAGGGGCUUUGUCAGCCACAUAAACACCUGGGGGAGGUGUCCCAUCCGUUCGCUUGCCAGAAGUCCACCUGUCCAAAAUGCUGUUCAAAGUUUCCUCAGCCCAACAAACAGCAGGAUGCCAUCAGUUCAAAACCUGCUAGCACCACCUCACCCAGUGUGACCCCUCCUAACUCGAGAGGUGACCCCGGUGUGAUUUCUGGUUCAACCUUUCACCUCUCUAACCCUGCACAUCCUGUUGUCACACAAGGCGUCACCCACUUGUGUGACCAGUGCGCGUUUGCCACCGCUGACAUCGAUGUGUUGUUGCAACACUACGAGAGCUGCCACACCCUGAUCAACCUAAAGGGGGCUCCUACACAUGUCAAGGCUGAGGAGGAAGUUGGGGGAGAGAAAGAUGGAGGCAGAGGAGGAGCAGGAGAAAGAGAAUACUCAUGUUCAAAGUGUCAUUUCAUCACAGAAGUGGAAGAAGAGAUAUUUAGACACUACAGGCGUGUCCACGCAUGUUGCCGAUGUCGACGCUGUGACUUCACGGCUCCAGAUUCAUCAGCUCUCCUCGACCAUUUUAACUCCGCCCACUGUCACGACUCCUCUCCCUCAUUAGGCUCCCUGCCUGCCUCGCUGACACCUUCGCAGACACUCUCAGCUAAUGGCUGCUCAGCUCCCUCUACGCUAGCCAUUAAGGAAGAGAGCAAGGGGGAUAUACGCCUCCUCUACUCCCUUGCGCCGCCUGAGGGAAGGUUGGCAGAAGGAGUCAGGGAGGAGGCAGGCGGGGUCGUAAAAAGCGAGGGAGGUGAGGAGAAAGAAAGAGAGCGAGAGAAGGGCUGGGUUCUUGGGGAGACAAGAGGACCUGGACAAAGAGGAGGCGAGCAGGCCCAUGGUUUACUUUGGGUGCCCAAGGAGCGUAUGGGACCUGAAAGAAUAGAAAGAGGAGCAGGAAGUGGGAGCCCCUCUCUUUUCCCCUCCCCCCUCUCAUUGUCUUUUGUCUCAGCCAAUCACGAGGCCUCACAGCAGAAAAGAGGCGUGGCUUCACCUAGCAUGGUUUACCUGGGAGACACCAAGUCGUUUUUGGGAGAUACCAAGCUGUUUGGAGGUGGGAGACCAGGAGGAGCUGCUACAGGUGGUGGAGGAGGAGGGGAGAAACAGAACCAGAUGCCCCCUCAACAGUACACAAGCGGAGGAGGUGCUGGUGGAGGAGGAGCACAGGAAGGGAAAGGAGGAGCCACAAAAGAGGAAUCCCAAUCCCUGCUAAGGCGGCGCAGAGGUAGUGGAGUUUUCUGUGCAAACUGUCUCACCACCAAGACAUCGCUGUGGAGGAAAAACGCCAACGGGGGCUAUGUCUGCAAUGCAUGUGGGUUAUACCAAAAACUGCAUUCGACACCCAGACCCCUGAACAUCAUUAAGCAGAACAACGGGGAACAAAUCAUCCGACGGCGAACCAGAAAACGGCUCAACCCUGACUCGCUGUCAUCUGAAAACCCCGCCCAGAAACAACAGCGAAUCACCAGCGAGGAGCGCAUGAACGGGGAGGAGUCAGACAGGAGCUGUUCAUCUGUGAAAAACCAGCAGCCUUCACCGCGUUCGCGCUCACCCCGAUCCACUCAGGCUUUCUUAGCCAAUCAGACGCUGGAGAUCCACAGACGCAUGCCUCCUCUCCUCCUCCCCUCCCACCCCGCCUCAGCCAUGGUAGCUGAGGGCAAUGGGGGCAUUACAGAGGGAGGGAUGACAUCAAAAGUAGAAGGUGGGAAGGGAGGAGGGGGAUCAGAAAGAGGAAGUCCUAUUGAAAAGUAUAUGCGUCCAUCCAAACCUUCUAGUUAUUCUCCUCCAGGUUCACCGAUUGAAAAAUAUCAAUAUCCUCUUUUCUCGCUGGCCCAUCCAUUAACGGUCUCCCCUGAUUUUAAGCCUGAUGUGGAUUGGAUUAGAUUGUUGACCAAGUAUAACAUGGCAGCCACCUCUGGGUUCCCUGGUAGUAUCAGUAAUCUAAGCAGCCCUGGCAGCCUUGGAAAUAACACCCACUAUCUUGGUACAAUGGUGACUCCGGUACAGCAUCCCCAGCAAAGUUACACGGUGCCUUACUGUGCCUCUCCCUACUCUCCUCUUCCACCUCCUCCAGCCCCUCCUCACUACCCACCUCCUCCUCAUACCCAAACCUCGUCCUCUUCAUCACUAGAAAAUGAUGCUCCUUUGGAUCUUGCAAUAAGACAAAGAGAGAGUGCCUUGAACACACAUAUGUCAACAAAUGGCGCCGAAAGGAAAAGACAGGAGUCGCCUCUAACUGAGACACUGGGAGGGAAGUGGAAGGAGGAGGAGGAGAGGACAGAUGAAGGUGGGAACACAAGUGAGGUGGGGAAGGAUGAGAAAAAUAAUUUGACAAAAUGUCAGUCAAAUGUCGCGUCAAAUCGCACAAAGGUGGAAGCAGCCACGCAGGACGACCUUACCAAUCGCUGCUCCCACUGCGGGAUCUACUUCCUAGACGAGGUUAUGUAUGCCCUGCACAUGAGUUGCCACGGCGACAAGGGACCAUACCAGUGCAGUUUUUGCCUCCACGUGUGUGCGGAUCGUUACGACUUCACCACACACAUACAGAGGGGCUUACACAGGUACACAGACAAAAUGCCACAACAGACGGGUCACACGCAAGACGGCAAAACUCAAAUGUCUGAUCACGAGUGUCAAGAUGUGACUUCAGAGCAAAAAGAUGGAGAAAUCACAUGUGAUUGUGAUGAUGUCAUAGGAACGUGUAAUGACAGCCAAGCAAAGGAAAACACAGGCAGCGAUGCCGGUGACAGCGGAAUGGCAGCUGAAAAGGAGGAAAGUCGAGAGCAGCAGGGUGAAACAAAAGAGGAAUCAGGAAGCACAGAUAUCAAAGAUGACAUCACUAAAACAACAGAAGUCAUGACAGAGUCUCAGAAGUUAGACGGGAUCACAGAUGGAAAUUAAAUGACAUCUUUGACUCAUGUAAACCUUUAAAAACGUGUUAUUGGAUAAAUAAGCUCUAUGCCUUCAUGUUCCGUGAGGCUAGCUCAUGUCUAAAUGGGCUUAUCCUGGGCACUAAAUGGAACGCAUCCUCAUGCUGGAAGCACUCCGCUGUCAAACGGUCAGAAAAAUCAUUGCAGGACCCAGCUGAACUACAGCAGAGGUAGUCUGGGGAAACGGCCCAAAUCCUUUGUUGAGUAACGGUCACUUGACAGUCCUGUGGCAAGAAGUCAGCAGGGUGCGAGCAUGCAGCUGAAAUCACCUUUUAUAAACAGCCACUUCAUGUGCUUUCCAUAUAAGAGGAUUGGAAGCUGGACUGAAAGUCAGACUGGUCUUUUUUUAGGAGGUUUGAGGAGUUCAGCACUUGCAUAGCCAUAGUACAGCAAAAAAGAAAAACAACAAAAGAACAAAACACUUUGUGAUGUUCAAAGAAGCUGGUCCAAACUAGUCUCACAUGUCAUUCAGAUGGUUUUAUUUCAUCCCCACCAGAUCUGAUCUGGUUUGAUCAGCUGAGUUCUUGCCCAUUGCCUGUUUUUCUUUCUCUCUUUGUAAAUUGCCUAAACAAAAAAAAAAAAAAAAAAAAGAACAAUCAAGUCAUGAUUAUUUGACCCGGUUUGUUUGAAACCGGUUUGGGCUGCGCUGCAGUUCAGUUGUAACAACCUGAUCGGUUGUUUUUUCUUGUGCCCUCGCUCUUUUUAAAACGGAUCAAGCUUCCAGAUCAAUGCAAAAUCACCAUCACCGCAUGGUGGCUGAAGACUGCUCGGGCUCGAUAUGACCCUGCCUUUUUGAAAACUGCCUAAAGCCGGUUUAAGUCCAGACUGAAAUGAUCUUCAUCCAUUUGGAUCAACUAAGUGACUUUAUUUUCUACCUUCCUCUGUGCCAUGAUACUAGCUAUGUGCCUGGCUGCCUGCCUAAUAGAACAACCAUCUAUUAACCUGCUUAACAUUUAUAAUAAUAAUAAUGGUAAUUAUUAUAAUAAUAAUAAUGAUGAUGGUGUUAUCGUACAAAAAUGCAAUUUGCUACACUUAUCUUAUUUUGUAAAGAAAAAUAAUGCUUUUUUGCAGGAAAUGGUACUAUAAAAAAUUAGACAUUUUGAGUGUUGUUUUUUUUUUUGUUGUUGUUUUUUUUUUUGUCUUUGUUGUUUGCGUUCUUAAUGAGACUUGUUGAUAAUAGCCGUCUAACAGCAAUGGUACAACAACAGAGGGGGUUUGUGUGCACGUUGCGUAAUUGCAUUUACAGAAUGUGAGUGAGGAUCAAAGGCUUUGUCCGUCCCCAAAUGAUGAUGUAAACAUAAUGAAGGCUUGUGCUAAGCUUCUCAGUCCUCAGGGGUCACACGUGUUGCACACCAACCCGCCUGUUUCACAGCAUGUGAGACAUCUUUACAUGUUGUAUGGUCUAUUCAGUGGUUUAUAGCAUGUUACAUUGUUUUCCAACAUAUGUGUUUUUUAUUUGUUAAUAGGUCAACAUGUGUGUAGUAACAUUUUUUUUCUUAGUGUCUAGAUAUUUUUAGGUUAUAAAGUUUUAUAGAGAAACUUAGGAGCUUAGGGAGUAAACCCCUAAAUUUUAUGGAAAGGAUCAACUUGUUUGGGUGAACUGUAUAAACUCUGUACUGACUCUACAGAGCUUCUUGCCUACAGUGUUUUAUCUCAUGUUGCGGAGAGUUCAGUAGGUUGCCUCUAUGUAGCAUGUUAGCAUCUGCAAAAUGCAUUUUCUUUUCUAGUCAUGGGAAAUUUUUUCAUGUUAAACCUGAAAAAAACUGAAAACCAUCAGAAGACAUUAUGAAGUAACUUUGUUUUUUAAUUCAUUGAAGUAAAAUUACCACGUUUCCAACUCUACCUGAUUAAUCCCUUAUAUUUCCCAUUAGUUGUUUUCAAUCCAUCGUUUACACAUAGUCGCAGAAAAGCCCUACAGUUAUCCUAUUUUAUGUUAACUUUUAGAGUUGAGAGUCCUUAAAAAGCAUCUUUAGCCAUCUUGAGACUCCUCCAGCCUUGCUGCCUUAGUUGCUAGAAAACAAAAUAAAGGGACUCCUUUGAAGGAUUGUAUAGAUGGAGUUGGAAAAGAUGCAAGGACAGAGCUAACGAAUGAGAGGAAAAAAUAUUUUUCUAUGCUUAUCCAAAAGAACAGAAUGAAAAAUGUUCCGCUCAGUGCCUGGUUACCUGUUGUGUUUUCUUCAGACAUGAUUGUUUUGUUGUUGUAUUGUGUCAGGCAGAAUCAUUUUUUGUACUGGUUUUCAGGCAUCUACCGAUUUUACAAACUAUAUGAUUGGUCAAACUUAUUAUGUUCAGUCUCUGGACAAAUAUCCAUUUUUUGUUGCUAUUACAACAGCUCUUCACUAGUUAGCUUUUUUCCCCACUUGUAUGUAUUUAUGUGCACUACGUAUGAAAAAUGUGGAGGCUCAGCUGACAUGAGGCCAAUACUUCGUGUUUGAUAAAAUCAGAGCGUUGACAUACAGUCAUGUCAUCAGUGUCCACAUCUUGGCAAAGGUGAUGCAGGCUGGUCGACAGUAAGCUGUCAAGCAAACUUAAUAACCAGCUAAUAGAUCUGUUGACAAAUCUCCGAGUACCACACACACACCAGGACAGCUUCUUUGUCCACACCCUGGCUGGACUCUGCUCGGCACCAUAACCAUAACUUGAAACUAUUUUCUCCACUAAAUGUAACGUUGGUUAAAUGAAGAGAAUAUCAGGAAAUAAUGUUUCUUGAGUCCAAAAAAGAUUAAAUAUAAUUAAAUUGAAUCAAUAAUGUAUUAAAAAAGACCAAAAAAAGCUAAUUCGGUCUCCUGUGUGAAAUGCUACAAGAAGAAAUAGCCCAACUUCUGACUAAAAUAACCAGGAGCGCCGUUUCCAUGUUCAUACUUGCAGUUUUAACCAAAAGCAGUCUUUGACAUUAGAACAUCUUGAAUACUGUUAUUUGAGGGAUGAUUUGUCAUUGUUUAUAAAAGCAAAGUACAUAUUUUCUUUUAAAGUACUGACAUGAAAGCUUAACAUGUACACACAGUCAGAAUUUGUCACCUUCAAGUCCUGAGAUAGAACAAAACACUUUUUUCUCAUAAUGUUUAAAAUCAUGUUUGAAUUUGGGCUCAAAAAGUUCACUAUUUAGCUAUUUUGUCCGAGUAACAAGUGAAGGCAUCUAAGUUCAGUUUGGAACAUGGUUUAAAUAUUAUUUACUUCUGAAGUUUACCCUUUAUUUGUUGAACUCAUUCCCUUCAUCAAAGCAAUGUUGGAGUCAGUAAUACGCAUAUAUUUAUGCUAGAAUUGCUUUUAUUAUUAGCAAUGCAUUAUGCUAAUGUAUACUGAUUUUAUAAUUGGAUCUUUUGGUACCUCUUUAGGGGCUGCUAGUGAAGUAAAUACUGUUUACAUUUGUAAAUGUAGCAAAACAAAAAAAAAUGGAUAAAUUAAUGCAACGAUAUAUUUCAAGACAAAGAAAUAUAUGAACAGAUUGGGGUAUUGGAGGAAUUUGAUGAGGCAAACUGAUGGAAAAAGUGCAUCUGUGUUAAACCCCACCAUCCUGUUUUUGUUUCAGUCGUCCCUCCAUGUCUGUGCAUACCUCUUUUUUAUUUAGAUAGAUGGGAAAUGAUUUUGAGACAAGAUUGAGAGUUAUUCAAGUAUUCAUGUUCUGGACUUUUCUGCUGAUGUUGACUCUAAUCAACUUCUAGUAUGUUUAAAAUGUUUUGUCUUGCUUUUAGAUUGACCACUUUUCCAAGAGGAUUGAUGUUUGAUAAGACCAUAAUUACUUCUUAUAAGAAAAAAGAUUAUUAAAAAAGCAUUUGGAAGGAAACAGUGUCAUCUUAAUCAAAUUGCUUUUGUAGAAAGACCCUGAUAGCAACCUGAAAGUGGAACAAACAUAUUUUAUGAUGAAAUCUGGUCAGAUUUAUCGAAAUUGUCCCAUCUGCAUGUAUCUUUCCCAUUCAUUUACCAGCUUUGUCUGCAUUACCCACAGAAGCCAUUUAAACUACCACAUAAAUAGAUGUUCAAAUCAAAAUGACUGUUGGAGAACAUUUUUCUACUUCGAGGUUGCGGUGAUGCAAUGAUGCUAGGGAAUCAUGUUCUGUCGAACACGCGUGACAUGGCCUUGUUUUACUUCAGUGAUGUGUAUGCUUUAGGUUCGAUGGCGUUUCAAGUCAGUGUUUACAUUGGGAGGCCUUAACAAGUGUCUUACUUUUUGUCUUUGUGUUAUAGAAAAUGAUGCUGUUGCUUGCACUCCACUUAAGUUCUUUUGUGCCAAGGAAGGGACAGUACACACACACACACACACAGUGGUACGAAGUGAGUGUACGUUUGGGAGUGUACAGUGUUUAACCAAGGCCAGUUUAUUAUUGGCUGAACACAUGCAUGCACACACAUUAAUUAUGUACUUUUAAUCAGUAUAUUUUAGUAGGAUUUUGUCUCUGUUCAUUUGAGCGGCUUUUAUAGAAAAGAUUUUGGUUUUUUUUUUUGGUUUUUUUUUUUGGUUCUCUCAUGUUGUACUUUAUUCUGCUACUUUUCUGUAUGUCAUUGUUUUUAGGUUUCAUUUCUUGCAAAAUAUUUCAACAUAUUUUGACAGCCAAGAAAAGUUUGUUACACAGCUAAACUUGAAGAAUAACGUUAAUGAUGAUGAUAAUAAUUAAUAAAAGUAAUAACAAACA